AUUAAUGGAUAUUCAUGUUUGUUCCGCCCACAGGAACUGAAUAUAUUGUAACACUGGCUGUUUUGAGGUGUCUUCAUGGAUCAGUCAGUGCUGCAGGAGAUAAUAAAGAUGUCCUGGUUUCUGCUGCUGAUGUUUGGGUGUGUUCGUGCUUCUGAAUUCACGUUCGAGCUGCCGGAUAACGCCAAACAGUGUUUCUAUGAGGACGUUAUUAUCGGCACUAAAUGCACUCUUGAGUUCCAGGUGGUGACUGGAGGUCAUUAUGAUGUGGACUGUCGUCUGGAGGAUGCUGAUGGAACAGUUCUGUAUAAAGAGAUGAAGAAACAGUACGACAGCUUUACGUUCACCGCAGCGAGAAACGGCACUUAUAAGUUCUGCUUCAGCAACGAGUUCUCCACCUUUACACACAAGACCGUGUAUUUUGACUUUCAAGUCGGUGACGACCCUCCACUUUUCCCCAAUGAGAACAGAGUUACUGCUUUAACACAGAUGGAAUCCGCAUGCGUCUCCAUUCAUGAGGCUUUGAAGUCCAUCAUCGACUAUCAGACGCAUUUCCGUCUGCGUGAAACUCAAGGCCGCAGUCGAGCAGAAGAUGUGAACACCCGAGUGGCGUUCUGGUCCACCGGCGAGGCCCUCAUCCUGUUAGUGGUCAGUAUCAGUCAGGUGCUGCUUCUGAGGAGCUUCUUCUCAGACAAGAAAACCACCACGACUCGUGUUGGGUCGUAACAUCGCUCGUCUCACACGGUCACAUCUCCAAGGGGUUUAGAAGGAAGUCGUUUAAACCACACCUUGACCUUGCUUCCUUUAGUCAUGUGUGUGAACUGAGAUCUCCAUUAUAUGUUCAGGAAAUUCUUCAUUUAUUUUGUUGGUGUGUGUUGGAUUUUUACUCAGAAAUGUAAGUAAACAGUAAUGGAUGUAUAGACACACUGUUGUUGUUUGAACAUUGUAUCAUCACUGGUAAUGAUUAUAAUAUGAUUAUAAUAUUGGACUUGAAGCUUUAGUUCGGUCUAAAUAGAUCCACUAUUGGUUUAUCUGUGUUGUGAUGUCAUAGUCAUAGUUCUCCUCAUGACGUUGCUGUAAUUGCUGUUUUAUAUGAGCUGUUUUUUUAAUAGCUGUGCAUUGCUUUCUUUACCUGUCUUUGGGGUAAUAAAUGUGUGGAACGCCUCACAGCGUCUUCAAUAUAUACUGAAAACUGACAAUGUUUUAUUCACUUUAAUAUAUUUGAUCCAGUGCUCUGAUGAAUCUUUAAAUGGUGCUUAAAACACGUGUGUGUCGAUACAUCUGAUCAAUGUCCAUUAAAAGACCCAAACAUUGCUUUAUUUAUAGAUCUGGUCGGUGUUUUAUGAGCUGGUUUUGCUUUGAUAUCUUUAGAGUGUCAUUAGUGUACUGAAGUAAUUUCAGUAAAAUAAUCAUUUUAAACGCUCUGAUCUGUUUUAUGUAUUUUGCUUUCCAUAAUUCUAGAAACAUCACUUAAAGAAAUGAACUCUCAGUUCAAGUGUUUAAUGUGAGUUUAAACUUUUCUCUUAAGUAAAUUAUUUUAAUCUGGACAUCACAAUUAUAUUUUCCAGCCGUUAAAAUAAAUGUUUUCUGAACACAAUUGUGUGUCAUGAAGAAUAAAUCAGAAAUCCAGAGAGUUUCUGGAAACACU